AUGGCCUUCAACUUCAACUGGUCGCCCCUGGCGGCCGACGAGGACUUUUAUGCCAAGGCUCGCGACCUGCUCACAAAGGCCCUCAAUAAGAAUCCCAAGCCUCCCAUCAUUGUCGAUGACAUCCUCGUCAGCGAGUUCAAUCUUGGCACCGUGCCACCUGAUCUGGAGAUCCUCGAGAUUGGCGAUCUGGCUGAGGAUAGGUUCCGAGGCAUCUUCAAGAUGGUCUACACUGGUGAUGCCUAUUUGACGCUCAAGACAAGGGUCCAGGCAAAUCCCUUGAAUACAUAUCUUCACUCGAAACCGAGCUUCACGUCGCCGAAACCCUUGGCCGCUGCAUCCGGGCUGACAAUACCUCUCUCCAUCACAUUAUCCGAGAUCAAGCUGUCGGCCUUUAUCAUCCUCGUCUUCUCCAAGCAAAAGGGUCUCACCCUCGUCUUCCGAAAUGACCCGCUCGAGUCGCUCAAGGUCUCGUCGACCUUUGACUCGAUCCAGUUCGUCCGCGACUACCUCCAGCGGACUAUUGAGCAGCAGUUGCGUAACCUGAUGAUGGAUGAGCUUCCGGCCAUCAUCCACCGGCUGUCGCUACAGCUAUGGUGCCCCGAUCAGGUUAAGCAGCAGGCCAACGACCAGGCCCAGGCCCAGGCCCGGAGCCAGACCGAGACAUCAUCCCGCUCCGAGGACGAGGGCACCAACCCUUUCGCCAACCCACCCGACGACGCCGUCGAUGCAGACGGCAACCUCCUCGAUCAGGGUGCCCUGUCGGAGCUGGCCCUCGGCGGCGGCCCCCCGGGUGAGGUCCAGUCCCUCUUCUCGCAGAAGAACCUGCUCCGCCUCGCAGCCUUGACCGACUCGCAUCGCACCCUAUCCCUCUUCACCCCGGGCAUCCGCGACGUCGUCUUCCGCGCCUGGUCCGGCGCAGGCCGCCACCUCGGCGACAGGCUCGACGCCAACACGGCUGCCAUCGGCCCGCCUAGCCUAUCAAGGACGCACUCCCUCCCCGCCGGAACCAGCACCACCUACACAUUCUCCGAUGCCGGAUGCUCGUCUCCCGGACCUUACCCUCGACCUUCGGCCUUGGGAAGCCUGCACUCUGCCAACGCCUCCUCGCUAUCCCUGGGGAUGAAUGGCCGCGUCCGCCCCGGCCGCAAGAAGAAGAAGCGCGUCGUCAACCUCCGUCGACCCAAGCCCGAGGGCACCGACGACUCGUCGUCCGUCGUCACCGGCGAUACUAUAUCCGACACCACAUCCAUGGCCAACGACGGGCCCCUGUCGGAACCCCUAUCCACGGACUCCUCUAUACCCGAGGAACCCGAGCUCGAGGCCGCGCUCUCGGACAUUGUCGCCUCCAACAGCAGCCAUGUUCGCUUCCCCCGUGACGGCAACAAGUCUGUUCCGCACCACCAGCUUAUGUCGGAGCUCAAGCUGGACUCUUCCCUGGACGAGAAAAACCCUGUCUCUGUCCCCGCCUCCGUCCCCGCCUCUGUCCCCGCCUCUGUCCCCGCCUCCGCUCCGACUUCGACCAUUGCACCCGCUGCAUCGGUGCCCAUCUCGGAGAAGAUGUCCGGCAAGGUGAAGCGGGGUAGCACCGGCAGCAGCGGCUCAGAUACAUCGUCCGUCAUCCUUGAGCAGGCGUGGAUCAUGAAGAUGGCCGGCGAGAUCGCCCGACGCGCCUACGACGAGAAGAAGAAGGCCAUGCCUGACCGUCCUGGCAGUGCAUGGGACGAGCAAAGCGAGGCCCCGCCCGCGUACGAGGCUUCUACCUAG